UCUUCUCUAUGUUGUCGGAACAAGAGAUACAUUUUCGAAAUUCGAAUUCCAUUCAGCGUUUUAUAGUAAGAUAACUGCGUAAAGGCUCGUACAAUGGCAUAUCCAAACGACUAUAUUGCAAGUAGAGAUCUAAAUAGUCACCCGGGUGCUAAAUAUAUCGAUAGUGGACCACUGGACAAGCAGGCACAAAAUAAUUUCCAUGGAAAUGAACGGGCGAUGGAGCAAGCGAUGACAAUGAUAUCUGAUUUGACAACAAAACAUUUAACACAAAUUGAUCAAAAUGCUAAACAAAAGGCUCUGAGUGGAUCUUAUAUCAGAAGAACAGCUACUUUGGAAGAUGAGCUGAAGAUUUCCUUGGAGAAGUUGCAUUGUGAAAGGCAUGAAAAAGCAGCGAUGCAGGACACCAUAGAUCAGAAAGCACUGCAAAUAAGAGAGCAACAAAAUGAAAACAUGGCAUUGAAUGAAAAGUGUACAAAUUUGGAGGAAAAGGUUCAUGAAGAAGAGCAAAAAAACUUAGUAAUGCAAGAAGAGAUAUAUCAUUUAAAAUUGGAAUUACAAGAGGGUAACAGCCAUUGGCUUAAAAGCCAAAAAAAUCUAGAGUCAGUGCUGGAACAUAAUGAUCAAUUGAAAAAGGAACUUGAUCAGUCACAAAAAAUGUUUGCAUCAAAAAUUGAUAACAUUUUGCGUGAAGUAGUGGCAAAGAAAGGGAAUAUAGAUAAUUUAGAGAAAGAAAAUCUGGAGUUAAAACAGCAGUGUAAAUCCACCAUUGAUAACACAAAUAAGGAGAAUCUUGAGUUGAAAGAACGGUUCGAAGCGAUGUUACGUGAAAAGCAAGAAGAACUCACAGCGAUGCAAACAACUAUAAAUGGUUUGAUGAAAGAGAAGAAAGACUUAGAACAAAAGUGUGAAUCCACCAUUGAUAACAUAAAGAAGGAAAAUCUUGAAUUGAAAGAACAGUCCGCAGCGUGUGAGGAGAUGUUACGUGAAAAGCAAGAAGAAAUCACAGCGAUGCAAACAACUAUAGAUGGUUUGAUGAAAGAGAAGAAAGACUUAGAACAACAGUUCGCAGCGUGUGAUGAGAUGUUACGUGAAAAGCAAGAAGAAAUCACAGCGAUGCAAACAGCUGUAAUUAGUUCGAUGAAAGAGAAGAAAGACUUAGAACAACAGUUCGCAGCGUGUGAGGAGAUGUUACGUGAAAAGCAAGAAGAAAUCACAGCGAUGCAAACAACUAUAGAUGGUUUGAUGAAAGUGAAGCAAGACUUAGAACAACAGGUCAAACGUGCUUUGGAUGAAUCGAAAAUAAGUAAAACUAAUCUGCUAAAGAUAAGGGAUGACUUGUAUUCACAAGUGGAGCAACAAGAGGAACAGAUUGAUCUUUACAAAACGAGAUUGAAUGAAAUGUCGGAGACUCUUGUGCAGUUACACAUAUCGCUCCUGGAUCAUGAAGAUCGCGUACAAUACGAUGGAGCUCUGCGUCAAGUGUUUCGACUUAUGAUCAACAGAACACGAAACUUAGUACCACAACAACAGCUGCCUAAUGAAAAUAAUCCGCCUGUUGUUGCUGCACCUCGUGCUGAAGAGAAUGACCACUUUCCAGAGGCGAAUGAUUAAUUUGGCUGUUAAUUUAUAUGAAUGCAUGUUUAAGCACCAUCGUUGGACAGCACCGCAACUAGUAAUGGCGAAGCCAAGGCAGUUGACAUUUUGAGUACUGAAAAUUUGAUGCCGCAUUUUAAGGGUAAGGUAUUUAAUACAUUUCAGUAUUUGAAACAUUAAUAUAGUGCACAGCUAUCCUAGAUGGUCUUUAAGCACAGAUAUUUAGAUGUAAGUAAUAUUGUAUGUUUCGUAUUGUUAUGAGAAAGGGCGUAUCCUGUAGUAAAUCUUCAUAUGUGUUUAGAACAUUGUAGUGAACAUUUGCCUAUGGUAGCUAGCUUUUUAGGACAUUUUAGACAUAGACUUUUAACUAGUGCUUUAGGUUUUUAGUGCAUGUAGAAAUGGUUUUUAGAAUAUAGUCGUUCUUGUGUAAUAUUUACCAUAUGUCGGAUACAUGCAUAGGCUUGCGAAAAGCGGUUAAUGUUUUCUACGGUAUGUCGGAAUUAUAUAUAAGCACUUGUAUACAAUACACCCGCAACAUAUGUAUCGCCCGCAUGCACACCCAAAAAUAGGGCUGCGUGUAAUCGUGGCACUGCUCGUUUCGACACGUUUGAAUUGUUAUUGUUCGUAUUUCGUAUACUUCCUUUGAAUGUAGCGCAAAAUACCGCAAAAUGUAGCGCUGUGAGAAUAAGUUGGCAAAAAAACACACAAAAAAAUGAAAAGCCAAACAGGCAUAAUCGAGCUUUCAAAAGAAGGAUGGUUUGCAUCUUUGAGCAUAGCUCAUGGAUGCAUAGCUCUUUGAGUACAUUUCGUAUAGUUAUUCCUUUGUUUGAAUGUAGCGCAAAAUAUAGCGCUGUGAGAAUGAGUUGGCAAAAAAAAACACAAAAAAAUGAAAAGCCGUAAAGAGGCAUAAUCAACCUUU